CUCACCGAGAGAGGCAACCCUGGCCAGAUCCAUUCCAAUUGUCUCCGAGCCCAAAACCCAUCACGGGCGCGGAGUCGACUUUCAUCGUGUAUCUGCAAGGCCUCCUGAUACGGCCACAUCAACGACAGCCCAGUCCCUCCGCUUCGCCAAGCUGCAUACGCAAGAGCCGCAAGCGCCAUGGAUGUCAUCAAGUCCGUUCAGGGCUAUCUGAACAAGAUGAUCCAGGAUGUGUCGGGUAUGAAGGUUCUUUUGCUCGACGGCGAAACGACACCGAUCAUAUCGAUGGUCGUGACGCAGUCCCAGCUCCUGGCUCGUGAAAUCUUUCUGAUCGAUCGGGUGGACAACCGCCAAAAGGAAAAGAUGAAGCAUCUCAAAUGCAUCACCUUCGUCCGCCCCACACCCGAGUCGAUCCAGGCUCUUGUCGAGGAGCUGAGAGACCCAUGCUACGGAGAGUACUAUCUGUACUUUAGCAACUCUCUCAAAAAAUCGGCCAUCGAGCGUCUGGCCGAAGUCGAUGAGUACGAAGUCGUCCGGGAGGUGCAGGAAUACUAUGCCGAUUUCCUGGCCGUCAAUCCGGACCUCUUUUCCCUUGGAUUGGCACCUCCUGCCUACUCGCUCUACUUUGAAAACGGCACAUCCUGGGAGACAAAGACCUUCCAACGCUCCACCGAGGGCCUCGUGGCCAUCUUGCUGGCGCUCAAGAAGAAGCCCUUGAUUCGAUAUGCCAAGUCGUCGGUGCUGGCCAAGAAACUUGCGACCGAGGUCAUGUACCAAAUCCAACAAGAAGGUCCCCUGUUCGACUUUCGUCGACCCGACACCGCCCCGAUUCUCCUGAUCCUUGAUCGCCGCCAGGAUCCUGUGACCCCCCUCCUCAGCCAGUGGACCUAUCAAGCGCUCGUCCACGAGCUGCUGGGCAUCACGAAUGGCAGAGUCAGUCUGGGUGAUUCUCCGGAUCGCCGCCCAGAGAUGAAGGAAAUCGUCUUGAACAUCGAGCAGGACCCGUUCUACAAAAAAUGCGUCUUCAUGAACAUGGGCGAUCUCGGCGGCCAGAUCAAAGAGUAUGUGGACGAGUACCAGAACAAGCACAAGUCCAGCAUGAAUGUCGAGAGCAUCGCCGACAUGAAGCGCUUUAUCGAUGAAUAUCCAGAGUUCAAAAAGCUCUCUGGAAACGUCACCAAGCACGUCUCGCUUGUGAGCGAGCUGAGUCGUCUGAUCGAGCGCAACAGUUUACUGGAAGUGAGCGAGCUGGAGCAAAGCCUUGCCGUCCAGGAAAACCACUCGCAGGAUGUCAAGACCCUGCAGAAGCUGAUUGAGCGACCCAACGUCCCUGUGGAGCUCAAGGUUCGGCUGGUGAUGCUCUAUGCUCUGAGAUACGAGAAGGCUGCGAACAGCAUGUCUGGGCUUUUGGUCGAGAUGCUCAAGAAGCAGGGUGCCAGCGAGGACCAGGUUCUGGUGGCCUCGUCCAUCAUUCAGUACGCUGGAUCGGAUCAGCGCCAGGAUGACAUCUUUUCAAACACCGACGUCUUUGCGAGAACGAAGCAAGUUUUCAAAGGACUGAAGGGCAUCGAGAACGUCUAUACGCAGCACACUCCCUACCUGGUCGAGACCAUCGAAUCGGUCAUCAAGGGCAAGACGAAAGAGGGCGCCUAUCCGUUUGUCGAUGGCGGAACGAGAGACAAGCCGCAGGAUAUCAUCGUGUUCAUUGUUGGCGGUGCCACCUAUGCUGAAGCACGAGAAGUCAGCAAGAUCAAUGCGAGCAACCCGGGCAUCCGCAUUGUUCUGGGAGGCACAACUAUCCACAACUCGUCCAGGUAGGUUCGGGUUGAAUAUGACUGAUGCACACGUGGAUUCCACAGCGGCGAAACAAAGAAGCGAGGAAAGGGAGGAGCCGAUGAGCGUAUCUCCAACCAAAGAUGCUCAUGUUUCGGU